AUGGCGUGCGAGCAGAGCCAGGACCCGAAUACGCUGCGGCGAACCGGCCAGGGCAGGCGGAUUAUCCGGUUUAUGAUGGCGCCUGCCUGGGUGCUGAAAGUGACUGCAUUUUUUCUGGUAACAGUUCAUCUAAAGACAGAUGUGACAGAGGCAAUGCAGGUGACUUCUUCAGGUCCACAAACCAUCCAGAAGGCCCAGGGAGAAAACGCCCUGCUCGGCUGCACUUACACUCCCGGACCCCAAGACACAGGGGAGCUAGACAUUGAGUGGUACAACGUCAGCCCAGACAUGACGAAGAAAGACAAACUGAUCUUGGCCUACACAGAAGGACGUAUACACAACUAUGACCCCACCCUUACUGGUAGAAUCAGCUUCACAGGAGACCCUAUGCGUGGAGACGCAUCCAUAUCUCUCUCAAAUUUGAGGCGGUCAGACACAGCUACCUACCAGUGCAAAGUCAAAAAGGCGCCGGGCGUCGACAUGCGAAAAGUAACACUUGUCGUAUUGGUUCCUCCAUCUGUGCCAAAAUGUUGGGUUGACGGCAAGGAGGAGAAAGGUAGUCCGGUCACUCUCCGCUGUCAGUCCAACCAGGGAUCAUCUCCAAUUACGUACACGUGGACACGAGAAAGUGGCGGCCCAAAGCCACCAAUAGCCAUGCCCCUAAAUGCACAAAGUGGGGAGUAUUUGAUCAAGAACCAUUCAGACAGCUAUGCUGGAAGUUACGUGUGUGAGGCCAAAAACCCUGUUGGCAAAGCUCAGUGUAAAUAUGCACUGCAGGCACACAACCCCACGAAUAAAGUGGGCAUCAUAGUCGGGGCUGUAAUCGGUGCGCUACUCCUCCUCCUCCUCCUCUUGCUUGCCAUCUGGCUGUUGGUCUGCUGCUGCCUCAGGAAACGCUAUGAGAAGGAGGCUGCGAAUGAAAUCAGGGAGGAUACCCACGCUCCAGAGAGUCGUCCCUCAAGUAGGAACUCCAGCUACCGCUCAGUCCUGGGUUACCGCACCCACCAAGGGGUUUCUUAUAGCUCGGUGGGCAACCGCCUGCCUAGUGUCAAUGAGUCUAAUGGCAGCCACCGCAGCAACAGCGACAGGGGUUCAAAACUGAGCGCCUCAGUGAGGAAGCCCCUUCCACCACUCAAAUAUGACCCUCGUUACGGUUACCCUGUGUAA